GAUCUCACGAUCGGUGUGGUAUGGUUAUUCUUUCACCCUGGGUACUCCAUUCCCAUUUCCGGGGGGAGAUGGAGAUGGAACGAGAUGAUAUGCGGUCCCGCCUUUUUCUCCGGGAGAAGGCAGGAAGUACUUUGCGAGUCUGGAUCGUAGACAGAGCACCAGCAAUUUCGCCUGCCUAGUCGCGGGCUGCCAUCUGACCGACUACUCUAGCGAUGGCGUCUCUCGCUUGAUCACGGGAAGUGCCGCACCCCACAUUCAUCUGACUACGCCCCGCAUUAACUACUACGCAGCAGCCACCAUCUCGCACGCGUCGAAGAGAACAAUACCAAGCUCCCCCCUUCCCAUGCAGAUCCGCAACCCCAAGCGUACACGAACCCGCUUCCGGCAUCAGCAGCGCACCACCAUGUCGUCCAGCUCCUCGCCUCCACGGAUCGAAGAACUUUCUAUAUCAUCUCCCACUCCUCCAGACCUCUCAGAUGUGUACCCCUUCAACCCGUCAAACCGCUACAUUCCGCCCCCCAUGGCGCCCCGUACACCCUCGCUCUUCAGCUCGCUCCCGGUGCUCCGCGACCUCUACUCGACGCCCACGCAGAUCGAGCAGGACUCCGUCGUAUCCCGCAUCCUGCCGCUGCUCUCUUCUCCGCUGCCGAGACUGAAGCGGCAAGAGCAUAUCGAGUUCCUCGAGGGCGCGUUCGAAGAGAAGCUGCCGGACUACAUGACCGUGCUGGACGCUUCCCGGCCCUGGAUUGUGUACUGGUGCAUCACGGGGCUGUCGCUGCUGGGCGUGGACGUGAGCGUAUACCGGGAGCGAGUGAUAUCGACAUUCACGCCUUUGCAACACCCGCGCGGCGGCUUCGGCGGCGGCCAUGGGCAGCUCGCGCACCUCGCCCCAACCUACGCCGCCGUGCUAUCCCUCGCCUCCGUCGGCGCGUCCACCCUCGACAUGAUCAACCGGCGGACUUUACUCUCGUGGCUACACACCCUUAAGUCCCCGAACGGCAGUUUCUCCGUUUGCGCGGGCGGUGAAACCGACGUGCGCGGGGUAUACUGCGCGUUGACGAUCAUCUCUCUCCUCCGCCUCCCCACCGACGCGGGACUACUCACCAACACCAGCACCUACCUCUCCGCCUGCCAAACGUACGAAGGCGGCUUCGCCGCCACCCCCAACGGCAACGAGGCGCACGGGGGGUACACGUUUUGCGCGCUCGCGGCGCUGCUGAUCCUCCACCCGCCCGACCAGCUCGCCGCAACCAUAUCCCUCGCCAACCUCACGCGCUGGCUCUCAGCGCGGCAGUACGCGCCCGAGGGCGGCCUCUCCGGGCGCACCAACAAGCUGGUCGACGGCUGCUACAGCACGUGGAUUGGCGCGUGCUGGCCGCUGGUUGAGGCGUGCGUUGCCAGUAGCGGGGGUGGCGGGGAUGGCGGGGAUGGCGCAGCGGACCUGUGCCUCUGGAGCCGAGAGGGCCUCGUGAGAUAUGUGCUUGCGGCUACCCAGGCGCCCCAUGGUGGCUUGAGGGAUAAGCCCGGCAAGGGUCCGGACUUUUAUCAUACCGCGUAUAUUCUGCUCGGGUAUAGUGCCGCGAUACAUAUGCACUCGUAUCAAGACGAUGGGAACGGGAACGGGCCAAAGGCUGCCGAGGCAGAUGUGGAUACACUCGCGGAGAGAUUUGGGGGUACACUGAAGAUUUCGACCUCUCCCGCUAGUACUACUACAGAGGAGCAGGAGCAGAAGUGGAAGCAGGAUGAGCAGCAGGAAGGGGAGCAGCAGCAGGAGCAAGAGCAGACGCAAGAGCAGCAGCAGAAGCAGCAGAAGCAGGAGCAGCAGGAUGGGCAGCAGCAGGAGCAGGAGCCAGCGCAAGAGCAGGAUGUGCAGCAAGAACAGGAUGGCCUCCCGCUGCUAAGCGCAUUCAACUGGAAAGUCGGCGAAGUCAUUGACGGCCUUGUAGCGGACCACAAGGGCUGGCCGGAUGUUCGGUGGGAUGAGGAUGCGCCGACGUGGGAUCUGGGGCUGCCUGGCGACAGGGUUCGGCCGUGUCAUUUGGUGUUUAACAUUCGUACCGACUUUGUAGACGAUGUUGUGCGCUGGGGUGAAAAGCUGGUGCAGGGGGAGGGUGGUGGAAUUUAAAGCGUGUGAAGGAGGAAGGAGGAGGAGGAGGUUCGGUCGAGUGAUGUAUGAUGCGCGAGCGGCGAAGAGGGAGGAUGGGGAAUCAGAGAGGCCAUCAUCGAUUGAACAGAGUACAGAUCAGAUAAGAAGUGAGGAGUGAUCGAAAUCCAAAU